UCCACGCCACUUGUCUCAGUGUCCUCAGUCAAGUUUGAGCAGCCCGGAGGAGAACGAAACCCCGGGGGCCUUCAAGGUCACCCCGGACGCGCCCUCACUGACCCUCCAAGCGCCCCUUGCCCUUUCUCUGCCUCCUGCAACCCCUGGCCUGAGUCUCAGCAUGGCGGACGAGAGCAGCGAUGCGGAGGGGUGCCCGCCCCCCGCUCCCACCCCGAUCCGACGACGGUCCUCGGCCAACUACCGCGCGUACGCCACGGAGCCGCACGCCAAGAAAAAGUCCAAGAUCUCCGCCUCGAGGAAACUGCAGCUGAAGACCCUGAUGCUGCAGAUUGCGAAGCAAGAGCUGGAGCGGGAGGCGGAGGAGCGGCGCGGAGAGAAGGGGCGCGCUCUGAGCACGCGGUGCCAGCCCCUGGAGCUGGCCGGGCUGGGCUUCGCGGAGCUGCAGGACUUGUGCCGACAACUCCAUGCCCGCGUGGACAAAGUGGAUGAAGAGAGAUACGACGUGGAGGCGAAAGUCACCAAGAACAUCACGGAGAUCGCAGAUCUGACCCAGAAGAUCUUUGACCUUCGGGGCAAAUUUAAGCGGCCCACCCUGCGGAGGGUGAGGAUCUCUGCGGAUGCUAUGAUGCAGGCACUGCUGGGUGCCAGGGCUAAGGAGACCUUAGACCUGCGGGCCCACCUCAAGCAGGUGAAGAAGGAGGACACAGAGAAGGAAAACCGGGAGGUGGGAGACUGGCGUAAGAACAUCGAUGCGCUGAGUGGAAUGGAGGGCCGCAAGAAAAAGUUUGAAGGCUGAGCCGGCCUGCCCCCUGCCCUAGCGCUGCAGGUGUCCCGGAGGAAUAAACCUUCUCUCUGAGCUA